AUGUCGGAAGCGGGGCUGACGGCUGGCAACGCGCCGAAUGGAAAGUCGCAGCUUGCUUUGGCCGGUGAGAUUGAGGGGUCGGAGGAGCAUCAGCGGGUGAUGAGGGCUACGGAUCUCCUCGAAGAAAACAUGCGGUUAAAGGCGCGGCAGACGAAGCUGCAAGACCAGUUGGAGGGCCUGAAGCACCAGCUGCUUGCGGAGAGGAGUGCCCGUCAGGGUCUUGGUGCCGAGUUGAGCGAUAUGACCGAGCGACUGCGGCGCACAAAGGACCAGGUUGACAAACAAAAGAAGGAAUAUGGCGAGGUCUCCUUGAGACUGUGUGCUGUGACAGCGGAACGGGACGAUCUGGAGUCAAAAGUGAGCGAGGUGUGGCGUAACAUGGCUGCUAUGGAGGAAACUCUGCGUGUCAAGGAAUUAGAGAACAAGAAGCUUCGAGAGGCGCUUGAUAACGAAAGGAAGGAACGGGAAGCUCAGGAGGUGCUGAUGAAAGCCAUGGUUUCCCAGAUAACUGCGUUAGAGCGACAAGUAGGAGUUAGCGAGGGCGCUGAAGAACUUCAUCGGCGGCUUGGCGAGGAUGCACUUUGCCGCGUCGGGAAAGAGGUGCAACGCGUCGCGCGCCGCUUGGAACGUGUCGCGGAUAUUUAUUCCGCCUCAUCACUCAAUUGGGAUCUCGAUCAAAAGCCGUUGCUGCUUCUUGCAGAUGAUGACGAUAUUGAUCGCGGAGUUAAUAUUCAUAAAGGAGAUGAUGAUGAUGAUGAUGAUGAUGACGAUAACGAUGUUGCGGUCGCUGUGGCUGGCGAUGGUCUAAACAAAUCAGAUGUUGAGAAGAUGACGCCAAAUGAUUCCCUUUCAAAGCGGAAAAAACGCCUGUUGGGCCCAAUUUACCAGGCGCUACGGCAUCUUGAACGGCAACUUCAAAUGCAACAUGAGGAGAAACGCACCACGCAAAAUGAGCGCCGUGUUCUUGAGUCCCACAUUGCGGCGCUGAAGGACGAACUGCAUCACUUGGGGAAUGAUGGAGACGACGUACGGGAAAGGCUGCUUAGGAGUGAGGCGCAAAGGGCGCAGGUGACAGAAACAUUGCAGAAGACGCGCCAGGCGUGGGAGCACGAGGCGGCUCAAGUGACAGAAACACGGUGCAAAGCUGCCUCACUUCUUCACUGUAUGGACGACUGGUGUGUAAUCGAGCAGCGUAUCUAUGAUAUGACUGAAGAGUUACGGCAACUGCGUUCUGCUGUCGAAGAGGGUCAUCGGACGCACAAGGCGUAUGUGAUACAAAAAGAAGGGGAGAUAGAUGCCAUGAUGGACUUACACCUGCGCGAGGCAAAUAUUCAGAAAAAUCAACUUGAACAGGCUCGUCAUGAAUGCGAACGAUUCAAGCGAGCGGUUGCAUCUGCUGUUAUGGAUAGUAGUCCUGUGAGUGCCGAUGGUGCACCAGCGGGAAUGCAGCGUGAGCAUGAUGCUUUCAGGGUGAAGUACCGAGAGCUGCUGCGGUACAUGGAAGAGGAACUGGAGCCUCUGAUAGCGGAACAGGCCAAGGCCUUACAGGAAGAAAGAAAAAGAGCAGAUGAGCUGCAACGCGCCAAUGGCGCACUGCGACUUGAAAUGAAACUGAUGAAUACUGCGCCUGGGGACGGCGGCGGGAGGCUGUCACUUUUUGAGGCACUUGUUCUCACCCUCCGUGUUCUGUCCGGUGCCAUGGCAGACAUGCGAGAGAUGUCGCAGCAACGCAGAGCCCUGACCCGCUACAUUCUUGCCUAUGAACACAUGUUUGGUGCUUUGAAUCUAUGUAGGGAAUCGACGUGGCCUCGUUCAGUGUUGCGUUUCCGCAGGGCCGUCGUGGCAGUGCUGGCCGCCCAACGGUUAAUUGCAUUUCGGAAGGCACCAUGGUGCAGUGGUGGCGUCAUCCCGUCGGUGGAACGGGGCACUGCACGCAUUCGUCUACCUCCCGAAACGUCUUGUUUGGUGAUUGGGGGGCUUAUUCGUCUCCCGCCGGUGGGAAGUGACGAUACCGCGGAGGAAUUUUUGAGGGAAGAAGCGGGAACAAAGAGAGAGGAAAAGAAUGCUGUUACUUUUGUGGCUGAGCGGGACUUGCGGCUUCCUGCCAUAAACAACAUGGCCAGUACGAAUUCUUUGGGUGAGGUGACCGUGCAGGGCCAGGCGCUGCGCGGCUUCAUGGACAGUUUGCUUGCAUUUGUGACGGUCCCCUCAGCGAUUUGGCCGCUGCGCAAUGUGAAGGAACCGCUGUGGCGGCGGCUGGCGACGGGGUUGCGUUCGUUGCGGCGAGUGUCAAGGCAGGACGGCGGACAAUAUGCGCUUGAAAAGCCACGUCUUUUGUUGCACCUUCCACCACGAGUUCCGCUUCGGUCAGAAUGGGGAGAAGCACCGCCAAUUCUCUCGCAGGCUGCUAGCAAUACGCAGUGGUCAACGAUUUACAACCGCGAGGGCUCGCAUGCUCUCGUGCAGCCAACAGCACGCGAACUGUCAGAUGCAUUAAGAAGUGCACAGGAGACUGAUGGGGAAAACGCUUCAACUGCAUAUCCGGCACCGCAACCCACAGCUUAUCACACAGAGGAAGCGUUAAGUCUUGAGGAGGCGAUCCGUCAGUCCCUAUUACGAGACGCAAAUGUCAGCAGCGACACGCAGGAAAUUCAAUCAGGGAGUGGCUUUGCCUCUGAGGUGCUGAACGUCAUUCGAGCACUCGACCAGCGUGUGGUGGGGGCUUUGGAGAGACAAGCGAAGCUUGCAGAGCGUCGUCCGCAUCGCUGA